AUGCUCAUCUGCAAGGGCCUGUUCUCAGUAAUUGAUUUUGAAACAGAGUACUAUUUGCUCAACUUUGUCUUAGGAGAACUGCUGCUUGAGGCAUGCCUGGCAUCUCUCAUAAGCUCACUGCAAAAGUUUCCCAUCUAUAGUGUGUUUCAUUAUUUUAGUGCAACAUGGUCAAACUACAUGAAGCCAGGAUAUAUUUCAACUUCCAAAAUCUCUGGCAUUUCAACAAAUCAGGUGCCAUCGAUUCAUCUGUACCAGCAUUUCCCACUAAUUACAAAGCUUGUAAAGUGGGUUAAUUCUUUCAUCACUUUCCCAAGGAACUCUCCUCUAAAAUGA